CCAUCUGUAGCCUCUAACGUCACUUGGCGCCGAACAGAUUUUCGUUUACGCAGUUCAGCGAUAAUUGUGCAUUUUCGUGAAGUGUCAAAUUCGAGAGAUACGUCGAUUGAUUUCGAAAAAUGGCAGAUAUACGUAUUUUGGGCAAACGAUUAGGACAACGUGUCGGACAAGAAGCGAUCGUAUUAGGUAGAAUUACGGGGAAAAGUUCGGAUGGCAAAAGUGCAGAGAUAACAACAACAGACGAUACUCGAAUCAACGUGACGUUUCCCCAGUCGCUCGACAACGAUGCAUCAGGUUACGUGGAAGUACGUGGUAACGUGAAGUCAAAGUCUACUAUGCUCUGCAACAGUUUUGUAUGCUUCCCUUCAAGUAUGACGAAGGAUUUUGAUGCAAAUGGCUACAAUACCAUGGUUCAUACACGCUGUGCAGUGGGUAACCAGUUGGAGGGAAUGUUUUAUGAAGGUUAACACAUGAAGAGAAUCGAAAAGAUUUAUAAUAUAUGCAAAUCGUUUACUGUUUCAUACUUUUUACAUUCUAUAAUAUUAGCUAUUGUGGCAUAAAUCAUGGUUGCAAAACUGGAAAUGCCAUAAAGAAAAUUGCGAUACACUGUCCUUUGUACAUGAAAUUGAUCCAAUUAAACUCAAUAAAUGUACAAGAAAUUCUAGAAUUGUAGACACCUUGUCAGCAUUAUAUAAGAAUAUUUAAAAAUUUCUAUUUAUGCCAGAUACAUACUCUUAUGUCACAGUUGCAUUGCGUGUAUAAUCUAAGGAGGAACAGCGACAGUUGCAAGAUGUCACUGGACAUUCAGUAUGUUGUCUAAAGAAAGAAAUAGAAAUUAAUAAACAUUGCAGAUUUUUUUGUACAA